AUGGGCAACAACAACAUGAACAUGAACAAUAACAACAACCUCAACGCCGGCAGCAAUUCGCAGAUGCCCUACGGACACGCAUCCCAGGUCUCGACACCAACCCACUCACCCUAUGCGUCCUCACCAUCGUCAUCGGCACAUCUAAAUUCGAGCAAAAGCCACUCGUCGCUGCCCUUGCGGCGGUAUAUUUUACUACCACCUCCAAGGAAGCGCAAACUGCACAAGACCAGCGAUCUGGGAUUUCCUGGGGUGUUUCCACAAAAAACAGGCCAGGACGAGGAUCAGAUGACUCACAGCAACGUGAAAACGGGCUACAUCGACAAAGGCAUUAUCCAGAACGAGACAGUAUCGGCUCAAGGAAUAUUGGCAGACAGACUUCAGGACCCAAAGAAGCAGCACGAUCUUGGGGCCUUCAUGGUCCAGGUGUUGAAAAAGAGGCAAGAGUCGAGCAAGAUCACCGGACCAAGCACGUUCAGACCACCAAACCGCGCUACGUUGAACGAUCAAAAGAAGGAACAGUGGCUAUCGGAUCUGUCAGGAACGACACCUCUGCGACGGCUCUCAAAAAGUGUACCUCACGGAUUCAAAACAGAAAAACUACUGGAGGCCUUGGCCCAACGACAAGUACCCUUGUUGCGUGCCACCUGGUACAUCAAGAUCGUGGCACUGAGUGAGAUGCAGGCUCAGCGGAAUCGCCCGUCAGUAGCACAGAGCCAGUACUCCACCGAUUGGACAGCGAUCGUCAGCAUGUUUCUCAAAAAGCAGCUCUUGGAAAUCAACCCUCAUUCGACCUCAAAACCAGCACCUACGGCACUGAACGCAUCCAGCGGCUCCCAGAACAUCAAACCAUGGACAAGCGAGGAGGCCAAGGAGAGAUGGGAAGCCAAGUGGCGGUACUCGGUCAUGCUUACAAAGUGGCAGUACAACGAAGGAUUGCUGGAUCAUCGGCACUUUCUCCGAGCGACAGUGGAGCAACUCUCCGGUCUUUGCUUUGAGCAAAUUGCCUUGUUGCUGAGUUUGAUUGCCAUGUUCUUGUCAGAGUAUGCGCGGUCCAGACUACUCAUGCGCCUCUUGAUCGAAGGCCUUCUCAAUUCCCUUCAGCAGGUUCAGCGGCAUCCUACCUACAACCAGACGUUAUUCCGGUACUCGUAUCUUGAGCUGGAACUCAAGAGGAUGCUUCAAUCCAUUUUCUUAUCGACACCGGACAUGUUUGUGAUACCAAAAGCAUGGACAACGCACCCGACCUUGCUGCAGCAGGUUCUCCUCGAAGACAUCCAAUCCAGCCCGCACAAGCCAGCAUCGUUCCCUAAUGUUGGCUCAGUUCUGGAAAGUCAUUACAACAUGAUUCAGGCGCGAGUCCGCGUAUUCACCCACCUCAACUCGACUGGCAUCGAACCAAAGAUGAAGAGCUCGCGGAUAGGGGGGAACGUCGAGAUACUGGACAAAGUUGGUCCAUUUUCGGAUCUGGAUGAGGUGGCGCACGAGUACUUCGCGGACCUUAUGGACGAGGACAACGGAUCGUCAUUACCAACAUCGCCAUCUAAGUCUGUCUUUUCGCCCCGAUCCUCGUCCCCAUUUGCAGCACCAGCAGGAACAUCUGCGGCGUCUGCAUUCCACCACCAAGAUCUGGCAUGGAAGGCUCGCGUCAACACGCUGUGCGAGUGGGCGAUCACCAACUCUCGUUAUGGCCAUCAUCGGAUCUUUCUUGUAGGAACACUGCUCAGAUUGUGGCGAGAUAGCCCAAGCCUUGCGGUCCAUCUCAGCCCGCUUGAGAAAGCAUCUCGGUUACAGUCCGCUCUAAUCGAGUUUCUGGACUCUUUCAAUGGCACCCAUCAUCCACUAUCACAAUCGGACGACUCCUCACAUGGCCAUCAUCAGCAGCAACAACACCUUGACCACCAUCAACAACACCUUCAACACAGCAGCGAUGAUGUACUGGAGGCGAUGGCGCGACUCUUUGGUAACCUCAUCCACGACCGCUUGUUCUCGUACCAGCAAUACAUCCAGAGGCUGAUUGCGAGAGGCGAUUUGCAACCGAACAAAAGGAGUCAGGAGUCAACGUUGCGACACCUGAAAUACCUUCAAUCGUUUCCUUUGCACCAAGAUGCCGAGGCGCAUCAUUUCAACCAACGGAGAGUUGUGCUCUUUGGCGUUGAUGGAGAGGACGACUAUGACCGAGAGUGCUUCGAGACAAUCACGGCCCAAAUCAAAACCCGACUACCGUACAUGUUCACUCCCGAAGCGGCGAAUAUGACUGUACCGAUCAAGGACACUCUGCAGGACGGUCAGGAACUGGCAACACCCCUCCCUGUGCAAUUGACGGAGCUGAUUAUCUCUGCGAGUCGAUUUUGCCAGAUCCGGGUCACAUCCCAGUGGUUACUGGAGGCAGUGAGAUUGUACGUCGUCAAGCAGAUCCCGAUUGGAGAAGACAACUGGAGGGUUAUGACAUCGCCAGGAUCGUCACUGCUGAACGGUCGUCAGUUUGCGACCAUUGUGAACGUCAUGGAGGUCGCUAGCGAUUUCCACUCGCUUUACGAGCACACUUCGGACAAGACAUUGUUGACGUACACUGUCAACGUGGCCAGGAAGCAUUAUAUGGUGUGGGCCGCCAUGGGUGUUUUGACACAGUUCUCCCAGGCCAUUCUUGCCAAGCACUACAACCUGCAAGGAAAGAACGUGUUGUUCAAGGCACUGCCCCGAUUCUUGGCAUUGGAAGCACACAACGUCCCAGAAGACAUUCGGAUAGAGCUCGAAGGCGAUUUGGCGAGCUUGAAGACUUCGAUACCCGCAGGAGCAACGAUACCGGCCCAGAUCCAGGAACUGCAAUACGUUCUCAAAGAUUCUUCUCCUUCAGCUGUCUCCAUUACAGCCUCUGCAUUGCAUGCCAAAUAUGGCGGUCUUGCCCAUUGGCCCCUUCGGCUUUUUGACGGCUGCAUCGAAGCAUUACGGAAACUGGAUUCAACGACGCGGUCACAGUCGGACCAUUCUCUCAACGGUUUCUCUUCCUCGGCAGCAGCGCAAGAGAUCGUCAAGGCGUCCAGGACAUAUGCGGAGCUCUUGGUUGAGAUGGCUGAGCGAGUCGGGAAUGGUUGCAUGGACGACGUCGUACAUUCUUGGCUUCGGCUACAUGAUGUUGACUGGAUGACAAGGGUGAUCGGUGCAGAGGGUCAUACCGAGGGUACAGGAGCAUCCCAGCCCCCCAUCUGGUUCCUCUCGUUUAUGGUACAAUUGGUCAUUCAGGGCUUUUGUUCUAUUGACAUCCUGGCCCAGUACAUGUGUGCGGACAUGUUGACCAAGAUCGCCGACACCGUUCGCCCUCAAGGAGACGACCCGCACCACCAGCUUCACAUGGAGGACGUUCAGUUGCACCAGCAGCCAGACGCAUCGACUCUGCGUCUUUGCUCAGCUAUCGUACAUUUGCUUCGACUUUUGUUACUGGAGGAUGCUUCAUGGAACCCUCGAGCUCAUCAUGCAUACGGAGCAAGUCAUCAUGUUCUCUCAGCCGAGCACCACCCUCAUCGACUCGGAAUCCAGUUGACCCUAGCGGAGAUCCACGCCCUUCAAACUCAGCGAUUCUCAAGGUUGAUGACCAUGCAGCACACUGUCCGUCAGGGGGAGAAACGACAGAACGAAGACAUGCAGGAGGCGCAGGAUCCAGCAGACAGCGAAGGGUAUACUUCGCUUCAGGAGCAGCAGAUGAUGCUGGUUCAGUUCCAGAUCUCGCGGAGCCUUGUCUGGAUCGAGUCUUGUCUCCCUUUGAACCAUACGGUCUUACACGAGAUCCAGGAGUACCGGAAGGACUGGGCUCUGUCUGCCGACUGGCUGCGGGAAAAAUGCCUUGCCAACGUGGAGGGUGCCUACAAGAUCUUUUUGCAAACCAGGCAGGACCAGCAGAGCUCGAUUGCAGGACCAGAAUCAGGGUUCGGUAAAGACAGCGCCAACGGCAGUCUUCAGGGGCAUCAGGAGGUAGUGGAGCGCAAGAUGAUGGAGACAUUCCAGAUGUUGGUCGCCGAGAGUCAUGAGAGCCUUUUGUUGUUGGAUACCUAUGGCGAGACGUCACUGACCCCGAGCAUGAUCCGUCAACGGACAUUCCGGUCCAUAUUUUUGCGCGUGGAUCGGUGGAUCUUUGACCGCUGCAAGGUCGAGUUCUGGCUGCUGCUGGACACCGUUAUGAUGGAGCGAACAGGUCGGGAGAAACGGCCAGAGGGCUCUGGUCAUAGCAAGGACGGGGUCUCAGCAGCAUCCGGAGUUUCACCAUCUGUGACGGAAGGGAUGAUGAUGAUGGAGGGCGUGACCAUGACUUCAGGACCCGGAUCGUCGCCUCUCGGCGAUGGUACUGCGGGCGGAAGCAGUGGCGACUCGUUGCAACAGCUGAUUCAUAUCUUUUUCCAGGAGUUUGUCCUUUCAGAGCGAGCCGACAAGGAACUGCUGGGCAGGAUGCUGAUCGGGAUGAGGCAUGAUGUUGUCGAAGAGUUCAUUCAAUAUGGAUAUGGCCUUUUGGCAGGACACCCGAGCGCCUCGUUUCCACAGAACGUAAUGAUCGUUCAACGACCUGUGGAGAGCGCCGAUUACGUCAGGAUUGUGUCCAACUUUCACCAUGUAAUGGAAGUGCUAAUGAGAGAAGGCCAGCCAAACGUCACCCUCUCUCUGGGCGGCGACGAGCCAUCUAGCCAGCAAGCAGCCAAUGCUGCCACCCCAUCCGCAUCCACCCCAUCAGCCACUGGAUUCCAACCCGCAGCAACACACGCCGGUUCCAAGCGUGGUUCGGAUGGUCUUCAAGGAUUGGACGCCACGCAACUGGAGAACAGGAUCGGGUUUGCCAAGAAUUUGCUCUGGCAGCUCAAACGCUUUGAGGAGCGAAUCAAGGUGUUCGACGUCAUGCAUGCCAUCGGAUGCACGUUUGAUGAGGCUGCAAAGGUAGUUCAGGACAACGAGUCUGGACAUGGUGACAUGGAGGAUCUGCUGUUGACGGCUUCGCUCCAGAAGGGUGACCCUCAGCUCAAUUCGAUUCAGCAACAGCAACGGCAGAGGCAGCAACAACAGACUACGGCAUCAUCAUCCAUUCACUUGAUUGACCUCCGAACGUCACUGAGCCUUCGACUUCGUCUACUUGUCCCCUUGUUGCCAGUGAUUCUCCAACACCCAACUUCGUCAGCUUGCGACCUCUCAACAUAUCUCAUCAGAUUGACCAACCUUUUGGUAUCCUCGAUUGUCCACGGUCACGGAUCAGAGGAAAGGCUGUUUGAGUUUUGUCUGGACAUGGUCUCGUGUCUGAUGGAUGAGGUUCUAUUGCUCAGUGGUAGCCUGAGAUGUGGGGUGGAUGAGCUGAAGUCGAUGAGGAACGAUAUUCUGAACCAGCUUCGCACAGGAUUGCCUCAGAUGACUACUUCGAUCCCUACAGUGUUCGCCAGCAGGAUAUUCAGAAUAUUGCCCUUCCAGCAACACAACGUCUACUUUACCAGCCUUCGUAUUGGUGGGGAUUCGGGAGCGAACACCGCUGGCGUUGCAGGAAUCAAGGCCCAGCACAAGGAGAUCCUGCCAAGGCCGUGGGACUGGCUCGAGGACUGUGUUGGAGAUGUCGACCAGGGAUCACACCCACAGCAAGGUCAACAGACAGCCCAGAGUCCAGCGCUUGGCUUGGCGCUUGUGGAUUCUAGUUUGAUUUCGGGACUUGGCAAUGGCGAUAGUACUGGAGGUUCGGGACUUCUCUCUGGAUCGGCUUCGUCGCUCCAUGGAGGAUCAUCGUCGUCCUUGGCGGGAGGUGGUGGGGCCAGUCAUGGCGGCGAGAGUUUGAACGAUACUUCAAUCUCCCUGACAUUGUUUGGCGCCAAGCAGGUUCGAAAGUCGACAGAAGGAACGACCUACCAGAUGCAGUUCCAAAAUGGCCAUGGUGGUGGAGACGACGAGCAGGAGCUAUUGAUGGUGGAGGAGCAGCAGCGUCCAUGCGAGUACAACCACUCUCACCAACAGCAGCUUUGGAUGCUUCAACAUCAACGACAUCAACAACAGCAACAGCAACAGCAACAGUUGCUCCUUCAACAACAACAACAGGAGCAACAACAGCAGCAACUUCAACAGCAACAACUUCAACAGCAACAACUUCAGCAGCAGCAGCAGCAGCAGCAUCAGCAACCUCAGCCGAACGCAGACACUCCGAAUGUGAACGGCGGCGGCGGUGUGGGCGGCGUGUCUAUGCUGGGAUCGAGAUCGUCUUCUUCGUCUGGAGGCAUCCGUUCUGGAUCUAUCCCACCGCUAGUUCGACAACAGGAACCCGACCCCGAGCAAGAGGAAGGACAGAUUCUGGGCGACGAUGACCUGGAUAUGGGUUGGGAUAUCACCGCUCCCUCGCUCACGCCCACACUUCCUGCUGCAUCCAUCGCCAUACCGGCGACAAGUGGCGUUUCGAUGACACCAUCGAUUCUGACCGGUGGUGGCGUCCCCUCGAUGGAGGACGGAGAGUUGAUCGAAAAGAUGGAGGAAGGCGAGACACUGGACAUGGGGCAAAGCACAAGCGGUGCUAUGGCUCCUUCUAUCCCGAUGUCGAUCACGUUGCCAACGAUCCCUGUGUCAACCGCUGCUCCUACAGCAGUUCCUGCAGCGAAACCUCCGGUCCCCUCGAAAAAGAAAUCAUCAGGCAACACCAAGGCCGCACGUGCGGCGGCGGCAUCUGCCGCUGCUGCUGCUGCUGCUGCCGCCGCCGCGGCUGCCGUAAUUGCCAAUGCUCCUCCAGCUCCGGCGACAACAACAGCGCCAGCAUCUAUGUCAGCCACCAAGUCACGCUCUGGCAAGGGUAGUCGGAAAGGCAGCAAAGCUCAAGUGACUGCGGGAACUUCAGUUGCAACGGAACCUAUGUCUGCAGUGUCGACCUCUGUCACUGCUGCACCGAUUACCUCAAUGGCCCCCGGCCCCCCGUUGCAGACGACGAUUGGCCUUCCGAACGCAGCAUCCGUCACGGCAGCGCUGCCCCCUGUUCAACAACAACAGCAGCAGCCGAUGCAGUUCAUGCCGCAAGGUCAAGCUGGACAGUUCCAGCAGGCACAACCCUUUGGUCAACUUCCGCUUGGAUUCCAAGGACAGCAGAUGAGAUCGGUUGGAGGAGCAGUAGGUGGGAUGCAAGUCCCAAUGUCAAUCGCGUUGCCUGGCCAACCACAGCAGCCAGGCCAGAUGAACAGCCACCAUCUGAUGAACAUGAACGCAAUGCGUCAAGGGCCAAACGCGAUGGCGAUGGCUAUGGGCAUGACAGGCGGGGCGAACGCAAUGUCGACGGGUACAACGAUCGGAGGAAUCCAUGUGCCGAUGCUGAGCCAGCAACAGCUCCAACAACAACUCCAACAACAACCCGGCCAGCAGCAGUACAUGGAUCCGUCGGCGUUCUUGGCGACCUCGGGAGGAGCAGGCAAUCAAGUGUUUGGAGCAGGGAACCCGAUGAAUAUUAAUUUGGCGCACUUGGGACAGCCUGGUGGUGGAGGGACUGGAGGAGGGUCAAGGGGACCGAACCAGCAUGGAGGUGGUGGUGGACAUGGAAAUGGUGGACAGGGUAGUUUCUUUUAG